AUGUACCCCGAGGACCCACAUGCCCCGACCCGGUUAGAGCCCGGCGUCAUUUUGUCUUCUGCCGCAGACGAACAACUUGAGCUCCAUCCAGCCAUGGGAAAAGGUACGAACGGACAAGCUUUACGUACGCGCCCCCUUUCUACCGUUCCGUCACCGCGGCUAUCGCAUCUUGAGUCUCCGCUGACCAUCGCAUGCAUCCAGAUUACACACUCGGAGUGGGCAUCGGAGGACGCCUUCUCGGCCAGUGCAGGCGCUGGUGUCGGCAAGGCCAAGCGGGGUGGUUCGCACGCGGCAUUCAAGCGCCUGCCCUUCAAUUUCUGCUCCCUCUCCCUCCAACCAUUCGAGCAUCCCGUCUGCACGCCAACAGGAACCAUCUUUGACCUCACCAACAUUCUCCCAUGGAUCAAGAAGCAUGGGACCAACCCCGUUGAUGGAUCACCCUUGAAGAGUGCCGACCUGAUCAAGUUGACAAUUGCGAAAAACGAUGAUGGCGAGUACGUUGACCCGGUGACGUACAAGGUCCUGACGGAUAACACGCACAUUGUCGCGCUGCGGAACACGGGCAAUGUCUUUGCCUGGGAUACGGUGGAGAGACUUAAUAUCAAGGGGAAGCUGUGGCGAGACUUGGUCACGGAUGCGGAGUUUACCCGGAAGGAUAUCAUAACUCUGCAGGACCCGCAAAAUAUCGAGUCGCGCAACCUCAGCUCGUUCAACUAUCUUCAGGAAGGGGAAACGGGGGUUUUAGAGGAGCAGCAGGAAUCCGGCAGUGUCAACACAAAUGCGCUGGGCAGUUCGGCAAAGAUCCUGAAAGCGAAGGAGGCGGUGGCCAAGGCGCGCGCGGAACGAGCACAGCAGGGCUCUGCUGCUGCUGGCUCUCGGGCCAUGGCCAAGCCAGUCGCUGGGAGUUCGACCGUAUCCAAGGCCGGCGCAUCUCAGCCAGGGAAACCCACGCCGUAUAAUGCGGCAAGACAUACCACAGGAAAGGCCGCGGCCUCGUUCACCAGCACGGGGCUGACGCCUCAUACGUCGGCUGAGCUCGCGCUUUUGUCCGAGGAGGAGUACAUGCUGAAACGAGGCCGGGUCAAGGCCAAAGGCUAUGCGCGCAUCGUCACUACGGCUGGCCACUUGAACGUGGAGUUGUACGCAGAGUACGCUCCCAAGGCUGUGUGGAACUUCAUCCAGCUCGCCAAAAGGGGCUACUACAAGGAUGUUGCUUUUCACCGCAAUAUCAAGGGGUUCAUGAUCCAGGGUGGUGAUCCCACUGGCACCGGACGGGGCGGCGAGAGUGUCUGGGGCAAGUAUUUCGCCGACGAGUUCGAGGGGCCGCUGAAGCAUGACUCUCGCGGCACGUUGAGCAUGGCAAAUAAGGGCAAAAACACCAACAGUAGUCAAUUCUUCUUUGCUUACCGGGCCCUGCCUCAUCUGGACCGCAAGCACACCAUCUUCGGUCGCCUGAUUGACGACCCUACGCCAUCCUCUACCACCCUCAACACCCUCGAGACACACCCCGUGGAGUCGUCCACUAAUCGACCGACACCGGAUAUCCGCAUCAAGGACGUCACCGUCUUUGUGGAUCCGUUCGAGGAUUUUCUGAAUCAAAAGCGUGCGGAAGAGGCUCGAGGCACCGCACCCGUCAACCCAGAGGAAGAGGACGAAGCUGCCCGCCGUGUGGAUGACGACCGCAUGACCUGGACGGGAAAGCGAGUCCGCGGUCCUGGUGCUGGCGCAGGCGACUCGGGCAGCGCUGGCGGUGUUGGCAAGUACUUGAAAGCCGCCCUGGCCGACCGUGCCGGGCAGGACGAUGAGAUCGUGGAGUUCGUGGACGAGCCCGAGCCCGAGCCCGCACGUAAAAAGGCCAAAGGCACCGGCGGCUUCGGGGACUUUAGUUCGUGGUAG